UUUAGUUCUUUUCUUUUUAAUUUCCAUGCUUUUUGCUUUGGUUAACCUGAGAAAACUAUGUGUAUAUAUAUAUAUUGUUUGGUUUGUUGGUUUUGCAUGAUACAUAGAAAAAGACCAUAACCAAAAAGGGGAAACCUUUCAAAGGCAAAGUGGAUCGACGACAGGGGAAGCGGCCAUUUCAGUAUUCCGGUCAUGAACCGGAAGCGAAAGAAGAAGAAGCCGGAGGUGCCGGUGCCGAUGUCGAACAUAUAUUUCCGGUCUACUCAGCUAGGUCUCAGCAAGACAUGAAUGCUAUGGUUCAAGCCCUAACUCAAGUUAUUGGAAACAAUAACAAUAACCCACUUGUUCAACUUCAUGAUGAUCAUGAUCCCAGCCCCACUGAUCAACAAGACCAAUCUCAUCAUCAACAAGCUCAAGCUCAAGGGAAUGCCCGGAGAAGACACUAUCGAGGAGUAAGGCAAAGGCCAUGGGGGAAAUGGGCAGCCGAGAUUCGUGACCCCAAAAAGGCAGCUCGGGUUUGGCUCGGAACGUUCGAAACAGCUGAAGCAGCGGCCUUAGCCUACGAUGAUGCAGCACUUAGGUUUAAAGGAAGCAAAGCAAAGCUUAACUUCCCCGAAAGAGUUCAAGGAAGAUCCGAAUCCGGUAAUUUCUCAAGUCGUCAAGAAAUUGAACGGACGGUGGCGGCGACGGCGACACUACCACCUCUUUCUCAACCAACGUAUCCCAAUAUUUCUCAGUAUGCGCAGCUCCUCGGUGGUGGCUCAGCCACUCCUUUCAACUAUGCUAUGCCAAGUGCAGCCUAUGGAUCCUGGCCAGCUUUUACUUCUCAGUCGUCAUCUUCAUCUUCCGCAACGUUAUCAUUUCAACAACAUCAACAGCAACAACAAGAACAAGAAUAUUUGGGUGGAUUUUCAUUGCAGUUCGGUCGUUCAUCGCCAACUUCGGAUCAUCCCGAGAACACGAGAGAUUAUCAUUAUUACUAUUCAAGGGAAUAGAGUAAUAUUUAAAUGAUGUUUUGUUUUUAAACUUUUGCAUGCAUUUCGUUUCCUUAUAAUGUUUGUUUAAAACCCU